AUCCUAUCCUGCCUGCCUCAGUCAGUGUCACACAAAACUCGCUCGCUGCACACAUAACAUACACACACAAGGCCAGUCACACGCGGCUGUACACAAGGCAGUACUCCUCACACGCACACACACGCAUCACAUACACACACAUGCGUCACGCCAUCCCGCCAUCCAUCACCGCCCAAAAAGCCCAGCGAAAAAACCGAAGGGGGCAGCAGCAGCGCCGGCAUCAGAGGAGGACGAUUCGCGUGCCGCAGACGAUGAUGAGGACCGCCUCCUCCGCCGCACCUUCAUCUCAGGCUCCUUGACGAAAAUCUGCUCCUUGAAGAAGUUCUUAUUGGUUCCUGCACACACACACACACACACACACACACAGACCCACAGCGACGCAUGGCAUGAAUGCGUCGGUCCCCACAAUGCACCCACAGUGUUUUGCAGCUUACCUGCUGCCCUGUUGAAGAGCUGAGUGCGCACGUAGUCCUCGCACUGGGUGGCUGUCUUGCCGGGGACCCUCUCGGCGAUUUGGUCCCAGUACAAGAAUGCGCCGGACGGCACCUCUCGGCGUGCGGUCUCGAGGGCGAUGAUCUGGUUCUUCUCCCACGUAACCUCCUCAAUGGCUACCUUGUCCCUGUGAGUAAGACACAGCAGCGCGGUGCGGUGCACCAAGAGCGUGCUCUCUGUGCAUCAACCGGUUGUGAGUCAGUCGGGCUCCCUCCCUCACCUGUAGCCGCGGACCCGUGAGGCGCCUAUCCUGCCACCGUUCAGCUUUGCAGCCUCGUAGGCAUUCACUCUGUCCACUGCAGGGCCGUACCAUGACGUCGCACCCACCUGGAGACAAGACAGACGCACCAUGUGAGCGAGCUGCAUGUGUGUGAUGUGACUGAUGUCGGCUGAUCAGAUCUAUCAGAUCUCAUCUCACCUUGACUGGCCUUCGCCGCCUUGUGCCCUCAUCUGCGUCGUCGCUCGAGCGCGCCCUCGCCCUCGCACGCGGCAUGACGAUCGCCUCGUCCGGGCUGGCUGACUGCUGAUCUUCCGUCCUGUCCUUCUUGCCGAAGUUGAACAGAUGCAACUGCGUCAUUGAUGGUUGUGGUGCAUCGGCAGGGCGGUACAGGGACGGGACGUGGGAGUGCAGGAGAGAUGCACAGGGAGAUGAGUGAGGCACAACGAAAGAGAGAGAUGAGCGAAGGAG